GUUUCUCCUCCCGCGGUAUAAAAGCUCAACUCUCUUCACCCUGCCGCAGUCUGCAUCCGGCUUAGAGAUGAGCUACCCACUGGACUACCUCUACGGCCACGGAUCCUAUCGCAGGACACCACAGGGACACUCUGCCCGGCCCGCCGCUUCCCUCUCCUCCUCCGGCUACCACUCCCAGCCAUGGACGACCUCCCAGCGCCACCGCCCGGCCUACAGCCAGGCAGCCUCUGCCGACAGCUUGGAAAUCUUUAAUGGCGACAUGGCUCGGAGGAACGAGAAGGAGAUUCUGCAGACACUCAACGACCGGUUCGCCGGUUACAUCGACAAGGUGCGGAACCUCGAGCUGAUUAACUCGAAUCUGGAGCAGGAAGCGGCUGCGCUGCGACAGAGCCAGACGGGGCGCGCUACCGUCGGAGAGCACUAUCAGCGUGAGCUGGGGGACCUGAGGGUUAUGGUCCAGCAGUUGACCGGGGAGAAGGCACGCACACUCUUGGAGCAUGACCACCUUGAAGAGGACAUCCAGCAUGUGCGGACCAGGCUCGAGGACGAGGCACGCAGCCGGGAGGAGCUGGAGGCCGCAGCACGCGUCAUGAACAAGUAUGUGGAUGAGUCUGGGCUUGCACGGCUGGAGCUGGACAAGAAGCUGUUUGCGCUGCAGGAAGAAGCCGCGUUCCUGAAGAAGAACCACGAGGAUGAGGUGGCCGAGAUGCUCGCACAGAUCCAGGGUACACAGGUGAGGUUCGAGGCUCGAGACACGAUCAAGGCAGACGUGACGAGCGCGCUGCGGGAGAUCCGCGCUCAGCUGGAUGGCCACGCAACCAAGAGCGCAAUGCAGGCAGAGGGAUGGUUCAAAGUGCGUAUGGAACGGUUGGCGGAUGCAGCUCACUCUAAUACGGAUGCAAUCCGCGGUGCCCAAGAGGAGAUAGCCGAGUAUAGACGACAGCUGCAGAGCCGCACCAUCGAACUGGAGACCCUCAAAGGAACCAAGGAGUCUUUGGAGAGGCAACGCAUGGAUAGUGAGGACAGACACCAUGGGGAUAUCCACUCCCUACAGGAGACCAUCCACCAGCUGGACGGUGAGCUGAAGAGUACUAAGUGGGAGAUGGCCAGUCAGCUGAGAGAAUAUCAGGAGCUGCUGAAUGUCAAGAUGGCUCUGGAUAUAGAGAUAGCUGCCUACAGGAAGUUGCUGGAAGGGGAGGAGACACGUUUCCUAUCUGGGCCAAGCCUGUUCUCCUACUCCUCCGUUCACCUUAAGCUUAAGGGGGAGGAGCUCUCAGACACAGUCAUACUGGAGGAACAGACGGAUGAGACACAGGUCACUGAGGUGACAGAGGAAGGAGAGGAAGAGAAGGGCGAAGAGAAUGAAGAGGAAGUAAAGGAAGAGGAUGAGACCAAAGCUGAGGUAGGAGAGGGGGAAGGAUCUGAGGAUAAGGGAGGAGAGGAGGAAGAGGGUGAUAAGGAGGAAGGGGAAGGAUCUGAGGAUAAGGGAGGAGAGGAGGAAGAGGGUGAUAAGGAGGAAGGGGAAGGAUCUGAGGAUAAGGGAGGGGAGGAGGAAGAGGGUGAUAAGGAGGAAGAGGAAGGAUCUGAGGAUAAGGGGGAAGAGGAGUCAGGUGAGGAGAAAGAGAAGUCUAAGUCACCUGAGGAGGCUGCUUCUCCAUCUAAGUCUCCCACCAAAACCCCCCAGCCCAAAUCUCCCGCCGUCAAAUCCCCUGAAUCCAAAUCACCCCCAGCCAAAUCUCCCCUCCCCAAAUCACCCGCCAAGUCUCCUGCCCCCAAAUCUCCCACGGAGAAAUCUCCCCAGCUCAAAUCCCUGGCUGUGAAAUCACCAUCUAAAUCUCCCCCUAGCAAAUCCCCAGAGUCUAAGUCCCCUCCUCCCAAAUCCCCCUCUCCAAGUCUCCUGAACCCAAGUCCCCCCCCCAAGUCUCCUGAACCCAAGUCCCCCAUCCAGGAGAAGGCCAAGCCCCCUGCAGAAGACAAACCAGCCAAGGAGGAGAAGAAAGAGAAGGAACAACCCCAGCCUGUAAAAGAGGAGAAGAAACAGGAGCCAGAACCCAAGGAGAAAGAGAAGAGUGGGAGCGAGCCUAAAGAGAAGGCUGAGGAGAAGACAGAUAAACCAGAUCCCAAGAAGGAGAGCAAGCCAGAGGAGACCCCAACACCUGCCCCUCCUGCCGCCGCCUUGGCCAAGCCUGCAGAGGAGAAGCCCGCCCCCGCCAAGGAGAGCCCCAUCCCUGAUAAGAAGGAAGAUGAGAAACAGGCCCCAUCCAAAACAGACGACAAACCUCAGGCAGAGUUGAAGCCUGCCCCCAAAGAAUCACCAGAGAAAACAGAGAGCAAGAAAGAGAAGAAACCAGAGCCCAAAGAGGAGGUGAAGGAGGACAAGCAGGAGGCCUCUAAAGGGUCCGACAGUAAAGAGGUUAAGGAUACGAAGGUGGAAGGGAAGGCAGAGAAGGACGAAAAGUCCUCCAGCACUGAGGUCAAAGAGAAAGCCAUGAAGUGAAUCACUAACGCGUUGUGUAUGAGCCGAGAGAGAGAGAGAGAGAGAGAGAGAGAGAGAGAGAGAGAGAGAGAGAGAGAGAGAGAGAGAGAGAGAGAGAGAGAGAGACGCCAAAGAAUUAUCGGGGAGGGAUGGAAGGGGGAGGGAGGGAGGCUACUGAAGAUCUGAGAAGCCUUUGUAAAGAGAGGCCAGAGCAGAGUAGGAGACAAACAGUAAACAAGCAAAGCAAUAGUGUUUCUCUAGUUACUGGGUACUCAACCCUGAUAUGAUGCUUAUUCUAAUGUAUGACUGUAAAGAAUGCAGAAUGCUCUAAACUCUAUCUGAAUGUGUCUGACUUCCCAACAAUAAUAACAAGUGCAUUAAAAUAGCAACAUUGCUCUGGCUGGGAGCACAGCACAGGGCCAUGUACCUUCUGAAGCCUUCAAGGGCAGAGAUGUCAACAAAUGUCUAUAAAAGAUUGUGUCAGGUGAAUAUAUUGUACUGUAUGUGUAUAUUUAUGACGAUAUAAAUUAGUAUAUUAUAUUGACUAUAAAAAGCAAAGAGACUAUGAACCCGCUCAUUGUGCACCUUAAACAGCUCCCUGUCUGAUGGUUAUGCUGAGUCACUGUGCUGUGGUUAGUAUGCUAGGUCAGGGAGGAGAACUCUGAAGUCAGGGACGACUGUGCCAUGUAUAAACUGCUAAGAAUAUGCAAUACAAACUGAUGUAACUAAUAAAAUGUUCAAACUGAA